AGGGCAAGGUCUAGAAGGGGCAGCAGCCGCCACCCAGAGCAGACCAGCCAGCGGAGCAGUGCUGUGCACCGGGCGGCGGGCGGCAGACGCCAGGAAGAGAUGGGCUUGGCGAUGGAGCAUGGGGGGCCCUAUUCACGGUCCGGGAGCAGCUCCAGGGGAUGCUGGUAUUAUCUCCGCUACUUUUUCCUCUUUGUCUCGCUCAUCCAGUUCCUCAUCAUCCUGGGCCUCGUCCUCUUCAUGGUCUACGGCAACGUGCACGUGGGCACGGAGUCCAACCUCCAGGCCACCGAGCGCCGGGCGGACGGCCUGUUCGGCCAAGUGAUGGGGCUCACGGCCUCCCAGGCCAACCUGUCCAAGGAGCUCAACCUCACUGCCCGAGCCAAGGAUGCCAUCAUGCAGAUGCUUCUGAACGCCCGGCGAGACCAGGACCGAAUCAAUGCCAGCUUCCGCCAGUGCCAGGCGGACCGGGUGAUCUACAUGAACAACCAGCGGUACAUGGCCGCCAUCAUCUUGAGUGAGAAACAAUGCCAAGAACAUUUCAAGGAGACUAACAAGUCCUGCGAAGCUUUGACCCUCAUGCUGAACCAGAAAGCCAAGACACUGGAGAUGGAGCUGGCAAAGGAGAAGGUGAUAUGCACUAAAGACAAGGAUGGCCUGGCACUGGGCAAGCGAGUGGUGGAGGAGCAGCUGGCCGAGUGCAGCAAAGCCCGGGAACAGCAGCAGCAGGAGCGACAGCUGGCCGAGAACCAGCUGCAGCGGGUGCAGACCCUCUGCCUCCCUCUGGAUAAGGACAAGUUUGAGGCAGAGCUGUACAGACUCUGGAGGGACUCCAUCAUCCCACGCUCCCUUGAUAACCUGGGCUACGGCAUAUUCCAUCCCAUCGGCUCAGAAGUGGCCUCCAUCCGGAGAAUCUGUGACCAGAUGCCUGCCCUCAUGAGCACCAAGGUGGAGGAGCUGGCCCGGAGCUUGCGGGCUGGCAUUGAUCGCGUGGCCCGAGAAAACUCGGAUCUCCAGCGCCAGAAGCUGGAGGUCGAGCAGGCCCUGCGAGCCAGUCAGGAGGCCAAGGAGAAGGUGGAGAAGGAGGCCCAGGCCCGGGAGGCCAAGCUCCAGGCCGAAUGUGCCCGGCAGACCCAGCUGGCCCUGGAGGAGAAGGCGACACUGCGGAAGGAGCGGGACAACCUGGCCAAAGAGCUAGAGGAGAAGAAACGAGAGGCUGAGCAUCUCAAGAUGCAACUGGCCGUCAGCAACUCGGCCCUGGACACAUGCAUCAAGGCCAAGUCGCAGCCGAUACCCUUGCCAAGACCUGUGGUCCCUGUCCCCAACCCCCCACCCAUCGACCCAGCUGGCCUGGAGGAAUUCAAGAGGAGGAUCCUGGAGUCCCAGAGGCCCUCUGCCGGUAGCUCCAUAGCCUCAUCCAGUGGCUGAGGAGGCUCCAGGCCCUGAGGACAGAGGGGUGGCCCUGACUCAUCUGUCUGGAGACAAGGUGCAGCGAGAUGCCCACAGCACAGGACCAAGUCAUAUGAUCUUCAGUCUACACACCAAAGUGGGCACCCUUGACCUGCGCCCUCUGCUCAUCCUCCCCCACCCCACACCCACACCUCCCAAUACUCUUUCACAGGUCCACACCUGCACCACACAACCCCUUACCCACAAGCACCAUGAUGACAUCACACAGGCAUGGUGGUGACGUCACACCGAGACAAGGCAAUGACAUCACACAGAUGCAUGGUGAAAUCACACACACACACACUUUCUGCCUAACCCUCGGCCAAAGUCAUGCCCCUCUAUGCUCAUGGACCAAGGCGCUCCCAGCAAGAUGGUUACCUUCAUCCUCCCCUGACAGUUUCCAGGCCCUCCUCAAGAGGGAGCAUCUGGUCAAGGGGUGAGUAUGGCCUAUUGGCCCCCUCCGCGCCCCAGGAGGGCAGCUGCCUUUUCACUCCCUCCCCCUCCACACUCCGCCUAGUCUGUGGCCUGUAUAAUUGUUAAUGGCACAAAAUAAAUGUUAUCAAAUCCCUUCAAA